AUGCCAGAAGAAGAGGAUGUGUUAAGUGUUGGUGGGGCAAGCUCUGGAAAGAGCACCUUUAUUAAGCAGCUACGCCUACACUAUGGGGACGGCUUCCCAGCACAGGCCAGGCAGGUCUUCAUCCCCCACAUCGUAGACAAUGUCACAGACGCAUUCAAUAUACUCCUGGAGCAGAUGGCCAGGCUAGGGAUUCCAUUCAGUGAUACUCAAGCAGAAAAACAGGGAGAUGAAUUCCGUGAGAACCACCCCAGGCUUAUCGUCCAUGCCCUCCUCCAGUCCAUGUCCCCCGAUGACAGCCCCACAGAAGAGCUGGGUAAAGGGGCCUGUGCCCCUGUCAUGCUGAAUGCUGCCAAACCUAAACUCUCCCCCAGCAUGGAGAUCAUUCGGAACCGGCCGAGUAUAGCCGAGCUGCGGCAGCUGUGGGCGGAUCGAGGGGUGCAGCAGUGUUAUGCAAGACGAGCAGAGUUCUCACAGGAUCUUUGCUUAUCACAGGCUGGCCAAUAUUUCCUGCAGCAUAUAGACCGUGUGUUGGCCAGCAAAUACUCUCCUACCAUUAUGGACAUACUUUACAUCAGGAAACCCACCCUUGGGGUACAGGAACAUAUCUUUAACAUUGAUAACCUUUUGUACAGGGUUAUAGAUGUGGCAGGUCAGAAAAGCCAGAGAAAGAAGUGGAUACAUUUUUUUGAGAGUGUGACGGCCGUGGUCUUCUUCGCUUCUCUAGCUGGAUACAAUGAGAACCUGGAAGAAGAAAAAACAACAAACUCACUACGUGACAGCCUUCAGACCUUCCGGGAGGUAGCGUUCAACCAGUUCCUGGAGAGAACAGAGUUCAUCCUUUCCUCAACAAGGGAUUCAUCUGCAGAGAGCUGUGCACAGUAUAUUAAGGAACAGUUCCAGCGUCACAAACCUGCUAACAAGAGGGUCUACACACAUAUCACCUGUGCCAUAGAUACCAAGAUGAUGAAGAAAGCCUUGAGUGACGUACUGAGGAUUAUUGUGGACAUCAAUAUGCAGAAAAUUGGGACGUUCUGA